ACCCCAGUAAGUGCUGUGAGUAAUGUGCAAGCUAGAGAAAGCGAGCCCCAAAUCCCAUUUUGAUUCAGAAAGGCAGCUGGAGCAGAAUUAUGGAAAACUCUGUGUCAGACAGUACCAGAGUUUUGACAAGUGCAUUUUGUGACGUGACCCUGCUGAGUGUGAGCCAGCACGGAGGCAGGAGCCGGGCAGGCACGAGAUGAGUGCAGCGAUGUCACAGGGUGAACGGUCCACUGGGAAGACCCUAGCGGGCACGAUGGAGUCACGGGACGUGACCCCGCAGAAGGGCUCUCUCCAGCUCCUUGUGAAGUCACGGGAGUCCGCCAGUGCCACAAGCCCCAGCGUGGUGCGCCAGCGCCCACCAGUGCCACGGGCACGGUCACGUUCACGGAAGAGACGCAUCCGUGUCAAAUCCGUGGAAAUACUGCGGGCACACGGUCGGCUCAUGGAGACGAUCGAGGAGGAGCCCCUGGACAGCUCGGGCGAGAUCGAAACCUUCCCCGUUGCUGUCAAGGAGGUUGAGAGCCACGUGGAGAGCCUGGGUGGCAGGAAGGGAGCAGAGAGUGCGAGGACCUCCCUGUCACCAGCUCGGACUAGCGAGCCUGCGAGCAAUCCAGGCAUAGCGGAGUCCACUGUUAAGAGGAGGAGGGCAGUCUCUGAGACGCUCUCAGAAACCGGAGAAAACAGCAAUGCCAAAGUUUCAGGGGGUGGUCGCAAACCUCUGAGAGGACUUCGAGAAGCGCGCCCUCCGAAGCCUGGCAAGACGCUGCAGCUCUUUGAGGAGAAUGUCUCCUUAAAGGAUAAAGAGUCUCUUUCUCAAGCUGCAGCGUCUGAAGCAGAGAAGAGGAGCUGCUUUGCCAAUAAUAUUUCCGAGGAGACCAAGGCCUGCACUGCGCCUGGCGGCCUGGGCACAGGCAGGAUGCACUUUGAGGACAGGCAGACCGCCUCCUCGAGGAUGAGCGAUGCUCGUUGCCAGCAGGAGCAGAAAACUGCACAGUUUCUCAGAUACACAGAAUCUGUCCACUGGAGAAGUGAUGAAAAGUGCCCAAAAGUUGAAGGCGGUAUGAACCAGCCAUUUAUAGCGGCAGAGAAGAUGGAAGCGCUAAGACAGCCAAAAUCUACAAUGUCUUCAGUGGCUUCCAGAAUGAAAGCAAUUAAUGCAAUCCUCAAAAAUCAACAACUUCCUGUAAGAGGUCCACGCCAUCUUGAAGCUGGUGCACCAAAUCCGGAGUGCAAAAGAAAGGAAUCCUCUGUGAUCCAGGUGUUUCCAAAUCUUAAGGAGCCACAGAGGAGGGAGCCAUUGCGCCAGCCGAUAAAGAAAAUCAAUUCUGCAGCUUCCAGACUGAAGGCCAUCAAUGAAAUGCACAAGAGCCAAAGUAAUCUUCUAGGAUGGCCAAACCAGCAAGAAGCUGCUUUAGUGGCUUACGAUAUGCAGUGGCGUGAAACCCCAGAAUGCGAUGGAAAGAACAAAGAUGAAGCCCUCGCAGGCCACGUGUUGUGCAGCAAUGCACAUCACGUUUCCAAUAAAAACCUGUAAUGACUUAAAAGUAACAGACUUGUCUGAAUUUUUGCUGCCUGUCUCUCCUCCCUCCUUCAAGAUUUCCCUCGUGCAAGAUGCUAUCAGGACAAGGCGUGAAGUUGGAUGUGUAAGACAGAUUAAGAAGAUUUUUGUCAACAUUGGUACCCCAGUAAGUGCUGUGAGUAAUGUGCAAGCUAGAGAAAGCGAGCCCCAAAUCCCAUUUUGAUUCGGAAAGGCAGCUGGAGCAGAAUUAUGUAAAACUCUGUGUCAGACAGUACCAGAGUUUUGACAAGUGCAUUUUGUGACGUGACCCUGCUGAGUGUGAGCCAGCACGGAGGCAGGAGCCGGGCAGGUGAGCUACUGUGUUGCGUGAAACACCGUGUUGACAGCGGUGCUCAUGUAUAGGCUGUAGGGCUUCGCGUGAAAGAUCUUUCCUACCCAGUAGAAGGCAGUGCUUGAUAUUUUCAGUUAAACAGAGUGAAGGGUGGUCCCAAUGACAAGGAUCACGAGCUGCCGGGCUGUUUUCCGUGUCUGCUGUUACAAAGAUAAGGAUGUUUGUCUUCUUCCAGUUCCUCCUGGUUUUCUUUGUGCUCCCCUUACUCUGUCUUGGACAACAAAGCCCCUGCUUCCUUUUUGGGAGGGCAGCGUGGGGGCGGCGGCAGGGGCAGCGCUGUAGCAGGAGUUCCUCACUGCUUCGCGCAGGGCUCUCGCACCUUGCGAGGAGCUCAGCUGGCACCUCUUGGAGCUUCUAGCAAUCAUGCUGUAGGACCGUCCACUCGUAUGACAGUUUUUAUUGUGAUAAUGGGAGCAAAAACCAACUCCCCUUACAACUCUGGAUAGCCUCCAAAAUACAA